UACCGUAUGUCUGUGGGCUAUCGAACUUCCAUUGACAGGCAGAUUUUCACCGUAGUGUAACGUUAACGUUUCUUCCAAGUACAUUUUAAACACAUCUUGUUGUUGUUGUGCUUAAACAACUCAACAAAAAAUGGACAUAAAACGUAACAUGUUUGUAAAUGGGUUAACAAAAUGAAUAAUGUGUCAGUGACAACAGUUUGCGAUCAAGAUGUGCAGAUUCGUCACGGUAUGCUGUUGUGGUGCGGUACAAUGGCCAAACAUCCCGAGAAGCCCAUCGUGCACUACGGUGUGCCAGAGUGGUGCAACAACAACGAACAGUUGUCUUCCACUGCAGAGCUUGAACGACAUCUUUCGAAUGCAAUCCGCCAAGAGAGCAGGUCACUCCGCAAAGACACCGACUGUAAGACAAAUUGGGAUGAAAGCGAUACCUCCCGCAUGUUGAGGGAUCGGGUCUGGGAAGUUUCAAGAUGUAAGGAUCUGCUCGUGACCUGUGCGCAGAAAGUAGAUGACGAGAUUGAAGCUCUGACACUGUCUAAAACCCGGACCGAGGAGACCUUGGCUGCCACAGCUGUUCCCCACGAGGUCAGCACGGAGAGCCUUACCCUGAGGGAGGGACGGCAAGGAUUUGAGCUGGUCAACGACCCCGUGGAAAAGGAGUUAAAACAAGAGGUGCAUGUCAUCGAAAGAGUGCAGCAAGCCCUGCAGAACCACAUAGACGGGGCAUUUGAACAGCUCGUUAUUUUGCAGAAAAUUCGACAGCAGCUGACCGCUGACAUCCAAAACAAGGUGGAGACUCUGGAUAUUGAUAAUACCUGUCUGGCACUUACAAUAACGUCAUCCCAGAUCUCCCUGAAGCCGGACCCUACUCGAAUACCCGCGGGUUCGUGCACACCAUACGAGUGGAUCAAGUUCACCCAGUUGAAUUUGGCUCGGGCCCGUGAAGCAAUGCAAAUGUCCGAGCAGAUGAGGGAGGACAUGAGUCUCACCAGAGUCAACCUGCAAAAUAAGUUGAAGACCCAGCAGAGAGCCACAGAGUUUGCACUGCGUAAGCGCAAUCAUCAAGAGCAGCAGGCUUGUCGUGAGCUUGAGUGGCAAUUGAAAAAUACUGAAGAUGAGAUAGCAGACAUGGAAGACGACAUAUCCAAGCUGGAUGCGGAUCUGCGGGCCAAGACGGCGCCGAUGAAGCUCGCUCACACCAGACUGGAGAACAGAACCUGCCGGCCUGGCAUGGACCUCUGCAGAGAUGAGGCGCAACGUUGCCUUGUUGACGAAGUCAACCAGCUGCAGGCUACAAUUGCCAUUCUGAAGGAGAAGCUGUGUGAAGCACAGCACUCGUUACAGAGGCUGAAGCUUCAUCACAACCAACUGAUGCAGGAUCACUCCAGGAAACGUGAAGCUUUGGCCCUGGAGCAACGUUGCAUCAACAUCCGCAGCCGCCUCAUCCCGAUAUUAUACGGCGAUGACACCCCAGUACCACUGCGCCUCCUCACGAGCUCGAGCGGGAGGAGCAGCAAGCAUCUUGAAGCUCAAUAGGAUUUUGUUUUUGUCAUUGGUCUUUCACUCAAAUUCUAAUAAUAUGCAAAUAUAUAUAUAUAUAUUUUUUUUUUUACAGCUAUUACGGAAGUGACAUGACAUUAAAAAAAAAUUAAGUACAUCUUGAAAAUACAUCAAUUAUGCAGCGGUGUCAAUAUCUUAUAGGGCCCUUUUCAGUACAAGACUUGAAGUGCAGCUUGCUAAAGAGUUGAAUGUUAAAUGUUGAAUGUUAAAUGGUUAUGGAAAUUGUUUUUAAAAUGGGGCUUGCCUCUAGGCCUGUUAUCAAUGUAUUUCUGGCAUCUGAGUGCGUGCAUACAAGGCUCAAGUUUGUGUUAAGGUCAUUACUUUUGUUGGGCGUUAUCUUUAAUGGCUUUGUUUGGCUUCGUCAUAAUGUUUGACCAUCUGACGCCGUUUACAGCAUGAAGAUAAUAAUGUGAAUCCUGAUGCCCACCUACUGUAUAUACUAUACAUAAUACUUAAAUGCAGGUAUAUAAGUAUACAGUAUGCUUUAAAUCGAAACAACAAAACAGGUUAGACAUUAAAAACAUGUAACUAAUUUGUAUAUUUUCAAAGUGGUGUAUUUUGGUUGUUAAGUUUAGCUUUUACAGGGUUACCAUACUAGAAACAGUUCUUAAUAGGUUACUAAUAAUAUUAAUGAUAAUAGUAAUAAUUUUUUUCCUUAAGGGAUUUCAAUUCAACAAGCAUAUUACAGUAUAUGAUGUCAGACCAUGCUGAGAUGAUCGAGAAACACACACAAUAAAAAUGGAUUUCUCAUAAUGUGGUUUAUUGGAACCCCCCCUUGCUUUAUAAAUGUGCUCCCAAAUAAUUUGAGGAAUAAUAGAAGUGAAAUAAAUGAAAAGUUGAAAUUUCUGCUUAUGACAGUGUUCUUAUAAUACGGUCGUUAUUGUAUAGCAGGCGAUAAGUAUCGGCAUUAGUUUUAAGUUUUGAGGCAACAAACUAGUCAAAGCCUUGUUUUGAAAAGCAACCAGCAUUUUCCUGGAAAAACAUUUCUCGCUAUCUCCCAUUCUGCUCCAAUAAAAUGCCUCCACAACAAAUCA